GGCGCGACCGCGUGUGGUAGGAGGCUGCCGCGAUUCAAUUUCAGUCGAAGCGCGUCAGGCAGGCUGAACGAGCGGGCGGGCGGAUCAAACGAGCGCCAAGGUAGUCAAGGAAGAUCGGUCUCCCGGCGUCUCUCUCUGAUUUUUAAAUCCUCGACGAAGAGACGGAGAGAAAAGAAAAGAGAGAGAGAGAGAGAGAGAGAGAGAGAAUGCAAGUGCGCUCGGUCUGAACAUGUGUCCGCCGUAUGAACGUAGGUACAUGCGGUACCGCGUCAUUGGCUUCUUUCGCGCGCCCUCGUCCCCUCCCCGCCUAAGUUGGCGCUGCACGCGUUAGUGCACGUUCAACAUCCAGCAUCCAGUCAGUUUUUUCCAUCGUGCGUAUCCAGUUCGUCGCGUGUUAACGUACAUCGUGAGACGUCCCGAGAUUUAUCCGGCAAUUAUAUUAUUCGAAUUCGACAAUAUUCCCGAUUCACGGAGAACGCGGAUUAUCCAUACGCCGCUGCGAAUAUCGUUCGAUCUUUCCGUGAAUUCAAUCUGAAGUGAGUUCGCAGUUUUCAAAUGGGCAACGACAUAAAUGGCGACGGUUAGGUAGCAAAACUUUGGGAGCUUGAACAGUUUGUAAUACAAACAGGAAAUCAGUGACAAGUAUUUUGUAUAUUUGACGUUAACUUUCGAACGUUCGAGAUGGUCCUUCGCGAGGAUACGACGUUUGUUGUAAUCACGCGGUAACAACGACGACGAGCGAACACCGGCCUUUAUAUAUCUCUGUGUAUACGGGUGUGUGUAUAUGUGCGUGUGCGUGUCGUCAUGAACGAGAGCCAUCGAUAGGAAGAAGAGGAUUGCUCCCGUCUGUGAUCGAGAAUGGAAUUCGGGAGCUACAAGGGCACCGGACCCCGCGUUAGGGUCCGCCGGCGCGCGGAAUUGGGCAGACGGCUCACCAGGAGGCUAUCCUUCGUCGCGAAAAUGCCGGCUGCAAUUCUCAGUAGGGCGAACCAACCCGAACCGAGACCGAUCGAGAUUACGGCGAUUGCACCUGACAAGACGCAGCUCACGUUGUCAGCCUCGUCGCCCGGAGCUAUUUCUUCUGUGGUCGCUCCGAUACUUCUGAAAUAUCGAGUGUGCAGGCCUCGAUUGUUGCUUGCAGGCUCGAGGGCCGAGGUCGAUCCUGCGGCCGAUGUAGCCCUUCUACACGGCGAAGUAUUACUUAUCGAGGACUUUGCCCGACAAUACGAUGCAAUUGGAGAUACAGAUCGAAGGUACAGAGCCACGGAGAAGUUGUUACAUGCGGAAGAAGAAUAUCACGAAGCAUUGUGCAGUGCUAAAGAAUUGUACGCACAUCCGUUGGCACGGAGUUAUCCCGAAUUUCACGAUGUUAUCUUUCAACCUCUCACAGACCUAUCGCGAGUCAGUGCGGUACACUGCCAAAGGAUCCGUGACAUACUUGAGAAUUGGGACGGCGGUGCCUUCAAGCCGAGUGACUUAUUUCCCGGUUCAUUUUGGAACUCUUACUGGGAAUACUUGGAGAGAUACAGCGAGGCUAGAAGAACACUGGACGAGCUGAGAGCGACCGAGGACCCUCUGUUGCACUUUCUCAGUCUUAGACAGGCGGCCGCGAGACAUUCGCCCUCGUCCUUACUUCUCUUACCGGUGCAGAGGCUUGCCGACUACGAGAGGUAUUUGGGACAGGAAGCGAGGAAUUUGAUAGAUAGCGAAUGCAUUGAUAGCGGAACAGUUUUACACCGUGGUCAACUAGAAGGUGACCUUCAUCGUAUCCAGGAACUGUUUCCUGGCGAUAACUUGCGAUUGCACGAGCGAGACGUCGUCACUAUGAAAAUGAAGAAUAUAUUACGUAAGAGGAACAGUGGUACUCCAGCUAGACUAACGAGAGGACUCUCUCAGAAGACCCUGGAUACUCCAGAUAGUUCCCCAUCUCCAAAAUCGCCAACUAGAACUUUUCUCUUGGAAACACCAGUCCAAUUUACCACGGGCAUGCAAUCUCAGGAGAGGCAUCUCUUUCUCUUCACUGAUCUCCUGCUGAUCGCGAAAGCACGCAGCGGUGGAAAUUUUAAGUUGAAGCAGACCGUGAGGAUGAGCGAGCUCUGGCUCACGUCGGGUCACAUUGAGGACGUUGCGGAAACCAGUAAAUCCGCGGAAACUAGCUUCGUUCUCGGCUGGCCUACCACAAAUGUCGUGGCCACUUUCAUGACCGCUGCGGCACGGGAUCUUUGGUGGGGACGUCUAAACGAUCUCGUACGAGAAGAAAGUAUGAAGGAGCCGCCGCAUACAAAUAUUCAAAUCGUGUAUCAUGACAACGACACGAACAGCGACUAUUGUAAGACGAUCAUGGUCGGUUCCGAGAUGACAGCGCAAUCCUGUGUGAAUAUGGCGGUGCCGUUGUGGGAUCUUCAAGGAUCCUUCCAAUUGUGGGCCCGAACAUUCCCGGACGAGACGCCGUAUCCGCUAAUAGGACACGAGCGACCAUUUGCCGUGAAAAUGUCGCGUCUACGACAUAUGUUAUCGGCAGAUGAGGGUUUCGAUCUGGAACACAUCAACAACAGCGGUGUCGAUCUAUGUCACUUUAUCCUUAGACCUGUGAUGAAAACGCCCGCGAAGAAGAACAACAGAUCAAAAAUAACCGGUCUGUUACGGCGCUCGCUGUCGUUGAAUCCCAGUCUCUUUGGCGUGAAUUUGUCACGGCUGGAUGAAAACGGCUUGCCUAAGCCUGUUUUGGUGAUGCUGCAGCAGCUAUUCGCAAAGGGCCCGUUCACACAAGGAAUAUUCCGAAAGUCUGCAAACGUUCGAAUUGUUCGAGAAUUGCGAGAUCAAAUCGAAUCCACGGGAGAUCUUAACUGUCUAGAAGACGCGCCGAUUAUAGCUGUGGCGGCUUUAUUGAAGGAAUUUUUAAGAUCUCUGCCAGAUCCUCUCUUGACUUCUCAUCUGUUUCCUCUCUGGAUGGAUAGCUUGGAUACGCCAAAUCCCGUUCAAACUAUUAAAAGCAUUCUAGAUAGACUCCCAAAGGCGAACUAUACAUUACUUUCGCAUUUAAUAUGCGUGCUACAUCAUGUAGCGAGACGAUCGAAACGUAAUCUCAUGUGUGCCAGUAAUCUUGGCGUCUGCUGUGGUCCAAGUUUACUUUGGUCAUCGAAUCCGUCAGUGAACCAGAGCAGAGCGAUUCCAACAAUCACCGAAAUGCUGAUCCGUCAUUGCGAAGAUUUCUUCGGUGCUGGCGUCACGCAACUCCUCGGAGAAGACACACGUAGCGAUAGCGGAGCCGAAGAAAGCACCGAUAGUCUGCACUCAGGUGGGAUAUCCUUGGAUAGUCUAGAUCUGACGGAGGCACCGCGUAGAGAUCCCAUGUCCCUGUCAAGAGACUCAGGUUUGACCUUGUCAGACUGUCAGUUAUUUAUUCCGGAAUCGCCUGUAGGCUCGGAAGAUUCUGCCCCAAACGCUCCAUCGUCUAGCAAUUAUGAUAAGCCUCUCGCGAAGGAGGAAAAGUCCAACAACAAAUCCUACGUUCCGGUAUAUAGAUGCGGAUGGGAAGAUAGACUCAAUGGUUACGCGUCCGGUGGUCAUACGAAUAGCACGGAGCAUAACUUUCGAGAGGAAAAGGCUAACGCUUGUUACUCUAAUCCACCUCAAUCGUCUAAUUUUCAGCGGCAGGACUGGUUACGGGCACAACUUAAGAGAACACCCAGAACGAACAAGCUAGAUGAACAUGAGCACCGAAAAGAAAGAUUCGGCGAUAAAGAUAUAUAUGAUAGGGAAUAUCUUAGGCAAGACGCGAUGAAAGAGAAUAUGGAGAAUUGCAAGACUUAUCGGAGUAGGCAGUUGAAUGUAACUUAUGAUAUACUACCGGAAAAUUACGAUAGUAAAAAUUCGCAGCAAGAUAUUCGAGGCGCCGAACGAGUGUCGCUUCACGAUUCGGAGCAGAAUCUGACAGGCGGCAAUGAUACGCUCCGAUCAGACAAUGAUCGCUACGAGUUUAAGAAGAAAGAGCGCUUCAGCGAGUUCAAAAAAGUCAAGUCCUCCGAAGUCCAAUACGUAAGUCUGGAAUCACCGAUGGCAGAGAAAGAACGUCGUUGCCAAGCUCGUGAUUGCGAAUUGUACGAGGACUACGUAAGAGUGAAAGCGAUAUAUAUGGAAGCGCUGAAAUACUGUAAAAGUAAAGAAACGAAUGGUGAAUCAGAUGGUAAAAUUAAUUAUUGUGAGGACAGAAAUCGAUCGAGUGAAGUUUAUGUAACUGCGGAUACGAACGAUUCAUAUAAAAGCGUGAUGAUCGACAAUCUCAGUGAAGACGAGCAAGAGGAAAGGACGUCGUGGCCAGAUACACCACCGCCCUUGCCGCCGAGGCUCAGGCAUUUGCCGCCGGUACAUAUGAACCUCGAGGAUAGGCAUAAAGCAGCCGGUAGGUCCAGAUCUUUGCCACCGCCACCUCCCUAUCGACCGCCACCACAACCUCGCGCUCCCAUCACCACGAGGCAUUUGGGAUUCAGUAGAUCCGUCGUUGACGAUGAAAGCUAUGUUUGAGUACAGAAAACGGCAGAUCUGUGCUACCUCGCAGGCCUAAUCGAAGAUCCCUGUCUAUUAUCAUUUAUCAUUCAACAUGUAUAACGUCUAAGUCGUGGAUCCGCUUUACGACGACUGAACCUAGUCCAAAACCGAAACAUAUACAUGCGUAGUAUCGAGAACAAUGAAGAAACCGUGGCAUUUGAAAGCGCAUCAUUGCGGUUUUUUUUAUAAGAGCGACGAGUACUUCGUCUUCCUUUGAUCAAACUUAGAGAUAACGAGACAAAUUCAUGUGAGACAGUAAAAUGAAAUUCGCUGUCUAUUUAUGACUGGCGACAGUAGGUCUUGGCCCGUAUUCUCGUCCUACUUUUAACACUAAAUGUCUUUAUUCGAUUUUCAUUUUUGCUUUAAAACAUCAAUUUUUUGUAUAAACAGAAAAAAAGUUUCAGUUAAUGAUUUAAUUUAAAUUAUCGUAUUCAGGAUUAAAUUGAGGAUCCGGGCCUGUUAUUCAGUGAUUCAGGGUGCUUCCACGAGCGUUAGUUCAUACUAUAUUUGCGUAUUUAGGUAGCUAACUAAGCAUAGAUUAAGUAACGGACAAUGUUAGUGCUAAAACGAGAAUAAUUCUUUUUUUCUUACAUAAAUAAUCUUUGUAAAAAUUAGUAAAAAGAUUAUCUACAAAUGUAUCGAGGAAGUUUUGUAGAAACAUAAUCUGAUGUUAUCUAUUAAUAGUACAUUAAUAGAUACAACAGUCGAUAAAUAUAUAACAUUUUCUGUAAUGUUUUAUAACAUCUUAGCAAGCGGAGAAUCUUUUAUUCUUGUAAAUUGAUUUUAACAGAUGUAUUCUCUCUGAAUCGAAUGUAUUUUCUUAUCGAUAUUAUCGAUAUGACAUGUUUAUAUAUUUUAAGUUUAUAAAAAGUUAAAGGAUUAGUUGCAGGAACAAUUACAAUGAUAAAGAUCCAUAUGAGAAUUUGAUAAAAUAAAUUUAUAAAGAGAGAUUUGUCAAAUAUUUUACUCGCUUAACUGAUAUCACUUUGAAACUGACUUUAAAUUUAUGAGAGUCGUCUUUUUCGGCGAUUUAUCUCUUUUUUUUUUUUAAACCGGCUUGCGUUCAUAGCUGUGUUUUAACAAAAUCUCAUUUUAAUGGAAUUAUUAUCUUUCGAAAUGUUCUUUUCCACAGAUGUGUUCACGAAAUCUGUUAUUGUGCUUACUUUGAGCAAAAACGACUCUUCCCUAUAAGCAAUAAUAAUAAUAACAAUAUUACAUUUUUGACAAUCGUAAUAUGAUUUGCAAAUAUAAGCCAUUGUGCGUGUAUAGUGCGAUUAUGUUUUUAUUAUUAGCACAUAUAGAAUACAAGAAACAUUGGAGUGUUACUACAUGAUGAGUUCUUGUUUUUUUGUAUAUAAAUUGUAAAAUUAUCUCUUUUAUAUUGUUAAACAUAUACAAUGUGUAACACUCAUGAGAUAUGUAUACUUAUCUAAAUUAUAUAUGUUAUGCUACAAAAACAAGCAAAUAUAUAUAUAUUUCGUAUUUUAUACA